UAGAGGAGACAGAGUAAAGGAUAUUUGCAUGAUAAAUAUUUCUAAAUUCAGGUCGGAGACACAGAGAGCAGCAAGAAUGGAAGAACGUUACACAGGAAUUUUAGAGGAAAUGUCAAAAUUAAUCUUGGAAAAUAUGCCAAAGGCUGACUAUUCCAGUUUAUUCAAUGAUUUUGUUGAAUCUGAGUUUUUUCUGAUUGACGGAGACUCCUUGCUUGUCACGUGUGUGUGUGAGAAGUCGCUAAAGCCAGGGCAGAGUCUCCACUUCUUCUACCUGGUUGAGCGCUACCUGCUGGAUGUCAUUAGCAAAGGAGGACAUUUUGCCAUAGUUUUCUUCAAGGAUGCUGAAUAUGCAUAUUUCAGAGUCCCCGGACUUCUUACACUGAGAACUGCUUUAAUUAUGCACCUUCAGAAGAAUACUGCCAUUGAUGUUUGGACUGAAUUUUCUGGAUGCUUGUCAGAAGAGUGGAGUAUUACCUUAAGUCAGAGUUGCCCUUAUUUCUUAAUUAUUGCUGAUGAAGGCCUGAACGACCAGCAGACACACCUUUUCAACUUUUUAGUCAUUCAAUCUUGGGCAGCAAAGGUCAACAUCGCACUCUUCUCAGGGCAAACAUCUGACAUCAUCCGUCUUUAUGCAUAUUUUAUGCAAAGCUCAUAUUCAAAGCAGCUGUUUUUCAAGCAGUUUGAGAGAGAGAUUAUGAUUGAUUACAAAACCCUGAUUCAACAGUUAGAAAAAUAUAGAGACCUAGAUUUAACAACUCUAUUUGGAGAUUUGACAUUCAAUAAUAUGGUGGAAAAGGCUUGUGAGACGAUGUCUCUGCUCAGGCAACUCUGGCCAGAAGGCUCUGACAUCCGGCGAGCCCUUUGUGUCACUUCCUGCUCCCUCUUCUUGGAAAUGUACCACAGCUUCUUAGAGAACAGAGAGAAGAAAGCCUCCAAGAAGAUGAGCAAAGUCAAACAGGAACAAGGUAGAUGUUUAACCCUGAAGGACGUGGAAGACUUCUGUAAGCUCCAUUGCCUCAGUGUGGUUUUUCAUCUUCAUCUACCUCUUUCUCAAAGAGCCUGCUCAAGAUUUGUCACUUCUGAUUGGACUAAAGACCUCAAGACUGUCUUUAAAAUGAAACAGUGGUGCGAGUAUUUCAUCCUAAGUAAUGUGCACAUGAUUGAAUUUUGGAGUUUGGAUUUACUUCACCUUUCUGAUUUUAGUGAUGAGCCUUUGUUGAAGAAUAUUGCUUUUUACUAUGAAAAUGAAAAUGCAGAAGGCCUGGAUUUGAAUGUAGGAGAUGUCAUCAUGAAGGAGUAUGUACAUCUCUGGGACACAGUGUCAAAGUUGGUGGGAAAAUUUGAAGUGGGAAAUUCAUUUCCUUUGAGAACAACAGAAUGCCAUUUUCUUAAAAAGACACCAUCACCAGUCAAAGAAACUUCCCAGAAAAAGAUGCCAAAUUUGGGUUUUAUUCCAAUGUCAUGUGCUUUGGUUGAUGAAUUUACUGGUGACAUUUUGAAAGACUUACCUUUCCUAAAGAGUGAUGACCCCAUUGUUUCCUCGCUGGUUAAGCACAAGGAAUUCGAUGAGCUUGUGCACUGGCAUUCCCACAGACCUCUCAGUGAUGACUAUGACAGGACAAAGGCCAAUUUCAAUGAGUAUACAAGAGAUCCCCGUUAUCUUAGAAGUGUGCAGAAAUAUCAUGUUUUUCAACGAUUUUAUGGGAACUCAUUAGAAUCAGUUUCUUCUAAGCUCAUCAUAACUCAAGGUGCUAAGCUGAAGAAGGAUUGCAGUAAGUCCAAGAGCACAAAGACACGUGAGACCAAGGCUGAUAUAAUUGCUAGAGAGAAUAAGAAGAGGUUGAUUGCCAAGGAAGAACAAAGAGAAGAACAAAAAUGGAAUACCCUGUCAUCUUCUAUUGAGAAGGAGAUGAAAAGUAAUUUAAGCUCUGGGAUGCAGAAGCUGGAAGAGUUUUUGAAAUCAUGUAAAAGUAACUCAGUAAAAGUUCAGGCUGAAAAAGUUGGGUUAAUGGUUUGCUUGACAGCAUGGAAAAAGCACUGCCGAGUUGAAGGUGAAACAAAAGACUUUAGCAUAGCUGUUGAUAUGAUGAAGAGAAUUCACUCCCUGUUGGACAAACACUCUGAACUUCUACAGGAAGCAGAUCGGAAACUGAUAGCCAGAUGUCUUGUGUGUUUAGGGUUUGAUGAACUAGCAAAUUCUUUGUAUCCAACUCAGGAUGAAGCAGGUGACAUAAAAAUGAAAAAAAGGGAUAAAUAUUCAGUUGGAAUUGGGCCAGUUAGGUUCCAACUACAAUAUAUGGGUCACCAUUUGAUACGAGAAGAAAGAAAAGAUCCAGACCCGAGAGUCCAAGAUUUUAUUCCUGAUACAUGGCAGCGAGAGCUCCUGGAUGUGGUGGAUAACAACGAAUCUGCAGUGAUUGUUGCCCCAACCUCCUCUGGCAAAACCUAUGCUUCCUACUACUGCAUGGAGAAGGUGCUGAAGGAGAGUGACGAAGGCGUGGUUGUGUAUGUUUCACCCACAAAGGCACUUGUGAACCAAGUGGCAGCAACUGUUCAAAAUCGCUACACCAAAAUUCUGCCAGCUGGUCAAGUUGUGUGUGGCGUUUUCACUAGGGAUUAUCGUCACGAUGCCCUGAACUGUCAGGUCCUUGUUACCGUGCCUGCCUGCUUUGAAAUUCUGCUACUGGCUCCUCAUCGCCAGAGCUGGGUGAAGAGGAUCAGAUACGUCAUAUUUGAUGAGGUACAUUGUCUUGGUGGAGAAAUUGGAGCAGAAAUCUGGGAGCAUCUCCUUGUCACGAUCCGAUGUCCAUUUUUGGCCCUUUCAGCUACCAUAAGCAACCCUCAGCAUCUUACUGAGUGGCUCCAGUCAGUAAAGAGGUACUGGAAACAAGUAGACAGUGCAAUGGGAAAAAGAACUUUUUCCAAAAGAAAUUCUGCGUCCCGUGGCAGUCACCAUGAAGACCAAGGGCAAGCCAGACAGUCAUACCAAGUUAGACUUGUGAUCUACGGAGAGAGAUACAAUGACCUAGAGAAGCACAUAUGUUUUGUGAGACAGGAUGAUGUUUGCUUUGAUCAUUUUCACCCAUGUGCUGCACUCACCAUAGAUCAUAUUGAAAAGUAUGGAUUCCCUUCUGACCUUGCCUUUUCACCUCGAGAAAGCAUCCAGCUAUAUGACGCUAUGCUUCAGGUCUGGAAGAGUUGGCCCCAGGCCCAGAACCUGUGUCCAGAGAACUUCACUCAUUUAAAGAACAAAAUAGUCAUUAAAAAGUUGGAUGCUAGGAAAUAUGAGGAGAGCUUAAAGGAAGAAUUCACAAACUGGAUUAAAAAUGGGAAUGAGAAGCAGGCCAGAAUGGUGCUGCAGAAACUGCGUCCCGAUUUCCAUGACUACUCAGGACGGAUGCUGGACUUCUUUCCGCAACUUGUUGAGAAGCUCAGGGAAAUGGAUAAGUUGCCUGCACUGUUCUUUUUAUUUAAAUUAAGUUCUGUGGAAGGUUGUGCUGAGAAUGCUUGCGAUUUCCUAGAGGUGAAAGAGGAAAAGAAAAGGCCUCCCAAAGCUGAUAAGGAAGCUCAUGUCAUGGCUAACAGACUUCGAAAAGUUAAAAAAUCUUUGGAGAAACAACAAAAGAUAGGAGAUGGAAAAUACCAAAAGCCUUCCAGAAGAUUGGAUCAAAGCAUCAUGAGUGAAGCUGAACGUGAUUACCUCCUGAGGAGUCUGGAGAAGAAUCUGGAGAUUCCUCAGGACUGCACGUAUGCUGAUCGGAAAGCAAUAGAUGAUGAGUCAUUGCAGAUGGUGUUUAGUCGGGUGAACAACCAAAGAAAAGGUGACACACUGAAGCAAUUGGCAAGAAGGGGCAUUGGCUUUCAUCACAGCUCUAUGAGUGCCAAAGAAAAGCAGUUAGUGGAAAUUCUUUUUAGGAAAGGAUUCAUUAGGGUGGUGACAGCUACAGGAACACUCGCUUUAGGAGUCAACAUGCCUUGUAAAUCUGUGGUUUUUGCUCAAAACUCAAUCUAUCUGGAUGCUUUAAAUUUCAGACAGAUGGCUGGUCGGGCUGGAAGACGAGGACAAGACCUGUUGGGUGAUGUUUACUUUUUUGAUAUUCCACUGCCCAAGAUAGAAAAACUCAUAAAAUCCAAAGUGCCUGAGCUGAGAGGCCAAUUUCCUCUCAGUAUCUCACUCAUUCUGAGACUCAUGCUGCUGGCCUCCAAGGCAGAUGACCCAGAGGACGGCAAGGCAAAGGCACUGUCCGUGCUGAGGCACUCAUUGUUAUCCUUCAAACGUCCCCGAGUCACAGACAUGUUAAAGCUUUACUUCUUAUAUUCUUUGCAGUUCCUGGUGAAAGAGGGACAUAUAGAUCAAGAAGGUAACCCUACAGGGUUUGCUGGCCUUGUAUCACAUUUACAUUACCAUGAACCAUCUAAUCUUGUUUUUGUCAGUUUUCUUGUAAGAGGUCUUUUCCAUAAUCUCUGUCAGCCAACUCAUGAAGGCUCAAAAUAUUUCUCUGAAGAUAUAAUGGAAAAGCUGGUUUUAGUAUUGGCAAAUCUUUUUGGAAGAAAAUAUAUUCCAGCCAAGUUCCAAGAUGCUAACGUCAAGUUUUAUCAAUCAAAGGUGUUCCUUGAUGACCUCCCUGAGGACUUCAGUGAGGCCCUGCUUGAGUACAACACUCAAGUGACAGAGGACUUUGCUGCUUUUCUGCGAAUUGUGUCCCGCUUGGCUGAUAUGAAACAGGAAUAUCAACUCCCCUUGUCAAAAAUUGAAUUCACAGGUAAGGAACAUGAAGACUCGCCACUUGUGUCUCACCUGAUGAGCUACAGGGAAGGAAGGACGGCAGUUUCACCAUUUGUUUGUCUGUCUGGGAACUUUGAUGUGGAUUUGCUUCGUCCAGGUGUUUCAGAUAACGUUGUUCUAAACACAAUUGGUAUCAAUCACACCCAAGCCCCAGUGCUGUGGCCACACAGAUUCGAUAGUCGAGGAAGAAAAUUGCCACUUAAUGCAUAUGCACUUGACUUUUAUAAGCAUGGAUCCCUUGUGGGAUUGGAACAGGACAAUAGGAUACAUCAAGGGGAAGCUUACCAUUUGUUGAAAGAUUUUUACCUUACCAUUAAAUCUAUCAGUGUCUCCUUACGUGAACUGUGUGAAAAUGAAGAAGACAAUGUUGUUUUAGCAUUUGAACAAUUGUCUGAGUCUUUUCGUGAGAAGUUUGAAAAAGUGUGAAAGGGAAAACUUUGUAAAUGAUCUAAAAUAUCAACAUAUAAACUUUGGAAGUUAUAUAUGUUUUAUUCUCAUUGAUGAUCAGAAAAUCACACACAAUGAAAUGGAAUGAGCAAGCGACUUGCUAUGCUUGGCUCUGAGCAUUCUUGGCCAUCCCACUUGGUGUGCCUAAAACUUAGUUUCUUUAAAUGAUUGACUAAAAAUGCUUAUGUCUCCAAAUUAUUGAGGAUUGAAUGUGAAAAUGUAUUUGCAUGUAUAUGUUUGAAGAUUUUUUUUAUACUCUGUGAGACACAAACACAUAUAGUUUUAAAAUAUUUUCUCUGUUAAUAUAUGUAAAAAUUUAUUAAAACUAGAAAAAAAUAAUGGCGGUAUCCUGAAAAUGUAAUACAUUCUUCCAAAUCAACAUAAAAAAUUAUACUGUUUAGAGAGCUAGCUGUUGAAAUGGUACAUCUUACAAAAUAAGCUUCUUGUAAAAAAAUUGUUUUUAUUGAUUUUUGUGAAGCUUUAAAGAAACAUAUAGCUAAUGUUUAGCUUCAUUUUAAUUGUAUAUACAGAUUGUUGAAAUAAUAACCUCAUUGGUUUCAUUUGUGUGAAAUAUAUUAAUCUAGUAAUUCACUUGCAUGGUACCAUUAAUUCUGCCGAAUUAUUUACAUAGGAUCAUUCUGUAAUUGAGGCCUUAGCCUCAAUUUUCAAUUCUAGACUCUAUUUGAAACCCUCAACUCAAAUUUACAACACUGAAUUCUCAAAACAAAAGAUGAGUCUUUUCUGUUACUCAUUGAACAAUGCUCUUUUUGGUGUCACCAUAGGUAGAUGGUACUGAUUAAAAAAAAAAAUAAAAACUGCUAUGGUUCAUUUAUUUUGAGGCAAAAAAAAUCUAAUUACUAAAAAUAAUGUAGCAUUUCAUGAGCAAUGUUAUAAAUCUCUACUUGGUCGUAGUGGUGUGAGAUGCAGUCUAAACUGUUUUCAUUCUUUAAAUGUUACAGCAGUGCUAUAAACCAAGACAUUUAGAAUCUGCCUAGCACCUCCUAAUUGUUAUCCAGUGGAACGUUACACAGUGGGAAAGGUAUUGUCUUGUUAUUUAUAACUUAAUGCUUGUAUUUAGUCCAGAUGGGAAAAGAAGAUGUCCCCCACCUCUAUAUGCAAAAUCUAACCUGGCUUAUAGUUUUAGAGGAGUGAGCUCAUUUUUGUCAUCUGGGGUCUUCUUAAAUGUGCAGGAUUAUAUGUAACAUCUUUGAAGUGCAUCCCCUGGGAAUGGGGUAGGGCUGCUUCUUUAGUCUUUAGCUAAAUCUAAAGAGAAAGCAGGAACAAUUUCUCAAGAGUGAGUUUAGGAGAAACACAUCAACAAAAAGGUGGCACUCAGAAACUAUAAACUGGUAAGAUAUUUUCCUAGAAUACUUUAGAACAAGGUAGAGCUUAUGAUGAUCCCCUGGACCCUAGAGAAGGGAAAACCAGGCAAUGAGAGGAAUGGGUAUCCUGGGCCAUGAUACCUAUCCCUCAAUGUUAGCAGGUUUCACACAUGGAAAAACGUCCCAGUCAUAAGUGAGUUCUACAUUGGAGAAAGUGAGUUCAAGGUAGACAUGCUUUAACCUGUCUCCUGGGUCUCUUACAUGGUGUUCAAACCUACCACUGUCCACAGAAGCAGAGUAUGGGUCUGCAUUGUUCUAGGCAAAUAAAGUUUGGGUAUGAGUCUAAAAGCAAUAAGACAUGAAGUUGACAAGAUCAAGCUUUAUCAACUUUCAAUUUUUGCAUAGUAAACAACCAACAGAACCAGAGAAAACACCAGAAAAGGGGGGUAAAAAGAAGAAUAUUCAAGGAAUUAA